AGCGGCGUCGGGGCGCGGCGGGCGCGGAGCGGAGCCCACCCCCAUCACCUGUUACCUCCGCUCCCCAGGUUGCCUGAAGUUCCCCGGCGGCGCCCGGCAGGACGGGGAGCGCCACGGCUGCGGCUGGCGGGGACCCUACAGUGUCUGCUGCAGCAUGGGCUGGCUCAGGGGGAUUGCCUUGCUUUCCUUGGGAGUAUUACUAGCAGGAAGAGUCAACUGCCAGCAUGUGAAGAAUAAUGUGCCAAGGCUCAAAUUAUCAUAUAAAGAAAUGUUGGAAUCCAACAAUGUAAUCAAUUUCAAUGGACUAGCUAAUAGCUCCAGUUACCACACUUUCCUCUUGGACGAAGAACGCGGUCGGCUGUAUGUUGGAGCAAAGGAUCACAUAUUUUCUUUCAACCUGGUUAACAUCAAGGAAUAUCAAAAGAUUGUUUGGCCGGUAUCACAUUCCCGAAGGGAUGAGUGCAAGUGGGCUGGAAAAGAUAUUGUGAGAGAAUGUGCUAAUUUCAUCAAGGUGCUUAAGGCUUACAACCAAACCCACCUGUACGCUUGUGGAACAGGGGCUUUUCAUCCAGUCUGCACCUAUAUUGAAGUUGGAAGCCAUCCUGAGGACAACAUUUUUAGAAUGGAAGAGUCACACUUUGAAAAUGGGCGAGGGAAAAGCCCUUAUGAUCCCAAACUGCUGACAGCUUCACUUUUAGUAGAUGGAGAACUGUACUCUGGCACAGCAGCAGACUUCAUGGGCAGGGACUUUGCCAUUUUCCGAACUCUGGGGCAUCACCAUCCCAUCAGAACAGAGCAGCACGACUCCCGGUGGCUAAAUGAUCCCAGAUUUGUCAGUGCUCACCUGAUACCAGAGAGCGACAAUCCAGAAGAUGACAAGAUCUACUUCUUCUUCCGUGAAAAUGCAAUUGAUGGAGAGCACACUGGAAAAGCCACUCACGCCAGAAUAGGGCAGAUCUGCAAGAAUGACUUUGGUGGACACAGGAGCCUUGUUAACAAAUGGACGACUUUCCUCAAAGCACGUCUGAUUUGUUCUGUACCAGGACCCAAUGGCAUUGACACACACUUUGAUGAGCUACAGGAUGUGUUCCUAAUGAACUCAAAAGACCCUAAAAAUCCAAUAGUCUAUGGAGUGUUUACAACUUCCAGUAAUAUCUUCAAGGGAUCAGCAGUGUGUAUGUACAGCAUGACUGAUGUCAGGAGGGUAUUUCUUGGUCCCUACGCCCACCGAGAUGGCCCAAACUACCAGUGGGUUCCCUACCAAGGGCGAGUGCCAUACCCACGGCCAGGAACUUGUCCCAGUAAAACAUUUGGAGGUUUCGAUUCCACCAAGGACCUUCCUGAUGAAGUUAUCACAUUUGCCAGAAGUCAUCCCGCCAUGUACAACCCAGUAUUUCCCAUCAACAACCGUCCCAUCAUGAUUAAAACAGAUGUGGAUUACCAGUUCACACAGAUCGUGGUAGAUCGAGUUGAUGCAGAGGAUGGCCAAUAUGACGUGAUGUUCAUUGGCACAGAUAUUGGAACAGUUCUUAAAGUGGUUUCAAUUCCUAAGGAGACUUGGCACGAAUUAGAGGAAGUCUUGUUGGAAGAAAUGACAGUCUUUCGGGAACCCACUGUUAUUUCAGCAAUGAAGAUUUCCACAAAGCAGCAACAGCUCUACAUUGGCUCAGCCACUGGAGUUUCACAGCUUCCUUUGCACCGCUGUGAUGUGUAUGGAAAAGCUUGUGCUGAGUGUUGCCUUGCAAGGGACCCUUACUGUGCCUGGGAUGGCUCCUCCUGCUCACGUUACUUCCCCACUGCCAAGAGGCGCACCAGACGACAAGACAUCCGAAAUGGGGACCCACUCACCCACUGCUCAGACCUGCAGCAUCACAAUAACCCAAGUGGUCAGGUCCUGGAGGAAAAGAUUAUCUAUGGAGUAGAGAAUAGCAGCACUUUCCUUGAGUGCAGUCCAAAAUCUCAGCGUGCCGUAGUCUACUGGCAAUUUCAGAAGCAAAAUGAUGAUCGCAAAGAAGAGAUAAAAGUGGGUGAUCACAUGAUCCGGACAGAACAGGGUCUAUUGCUACGAAGUCUUCACCGGAGAGACUCUGGUGUUUAUUUUUGCCAUGCUGUGGAGCACGGCUUCAUGCAGACCUUGCUCAAGGUGACCCUUGAGGUGAUCGAUAAUGAGCACCUGGAAGAGCUGCUCCACAAAGAAGAAGAUGGUGAUGGCUCCAAGAUCAAGGAUGCAACCAACAGCAUGACCCCCAGCCAAAAGAUCUGGUACAGAGACUUCAUGCAGUUGAUCAACCACCCCAAUCUCAACACCAUGGAUGAGUUCUGCGAGCAGGUUUGGAAAAGAGACCGCAAACAGCGCCGGCAAAGGCCUGCCAACGCGCAGGUGAACACAAAUAAGUGGAAGCACCUACAAGAGAAUAAAAAAGGUAGAAACAGGAGGACCCAUGAAUUUGAGAGGGCACCACGUAGUGUCUGAGCUACAUUACCUCUAGGAACCUCAUCCAAGUAGAAACUUGUAUAGACAGAUAACUGGAAAAAAAUGCAAUAUUCAUGAACUUUUUCAUGGCAUUAUGUGGAUGUUUACAAGAGUGGAAAGUUCAAACAGUUUCCACUUGGUUUAAAUAAAAUCCAUUUCUAAUUUUCCUAGCAAGUCCUUCCUCCCUGCUCUGAUUCUAAGACCAGAAAGACCAGAGUUUCAAGGAUGAUAACUCACCUGGACCUAGGUUACUGCUCAAAAACUUCCGCAAGUAUUCAGCAGGCAAGUUUUGCUUUCUCUUUUGACAGAGAUAUAAAGAAAAUAGUGUGUUUCAUGCUGUCAUCUUACAGGAAAGAAAAACAAGCCCCACCUUUCAUCAUCAGCACUACCAUUUCUAGACUUAUAUAAAACUGCAUGAACUCAUUAAGCUGAUGAACGUCUAAACACGUGAUUGGACACAAGGAUUUUGUUCUUGUUUUGUCUACCAGUUCUCCUGUUUAUACGUGCUAGAAGAGGAAAAACAACACUGAAUGAGAUUGAUUGUGGAAAUCUGAACAACAUAAGCCAUCCAUCAUCUGGAAGAAAAAAAAUAUGUGGAGUACACUGGCCUACUACUGAUGACUUCUUUCAGCUUUGAUCUAAAGAUGUAUUUUAUUAAAAGUAUAAUUUAAAUGUACCAUGAAAAAAUAUGCAGCAAACAUUAGCUCCUUUCUAAAAUAGAUUAGACUUUUUGUCUUAGAAAUAUUGUACUUUCUAAUUAUUGGUUUAGAGGAAAAAAGACAACUUCCAAUUAUGACUGCUUUACUCUUUUGUUUGGGAAAAGUUCCAGGGGAGCUGGUCACACUGCAGUUAGCCUCCUCCCCUGUCAGUAAUCUAUAUGACAUGUAACUUCAAAGCAAUUUUAAAACUAAGCUAUUUUGACAUGAAAGUCACUGUAUAGCAUGGAAGUAUUCUGCAUUCUGUUUUUCUAACUAUGGUAUUUGAAAUUAUUCAACUUGUUAAUACCUUGCUAUAGAUUGAACCAAUGAAGAGGAGAGCAUUGAUUUUCAGUUGUAUAUUUUUUUAAUUAAAAAAAAACAAAUAGCAUUAAAAUACCCUCUGCUAAUUA